AUGGCGUCAAAAGAGAUAGCUCUGGUUCUCUUUAUAUUUGCCGUACUACACGUGGCAGGUGCUGUCACAUCUUACACCUGGGGUAAAUGGGGUCACUGGGGAUCGUGUGACAGUAACUGUCCAGACAGCAACGACGGCACGAAAACCCGCACCCGAACGUGCUCCUCCCAUAACAGAACGGGACUCCACACCACAACACAUUCAGUUACAUACAUCCACUGUGGCACCUCGUCACAGAGUCAACAGAACACACACUGUAAUGUUUCCUGUCCCGUAAACGGAGGUUGGGGCGGCUGGACAUCAUGGAGCACGUGCUCGGUCACAACGGGGACGGGUAGCACGGAGCGAUACCGCAGCUGUAACAACCCGGCGCCCGCACAUUUCGGCAAGGACUGCACGGGGAUUAGCCAGCAACAUAACCCAUGCACCGAUGGCGGGUGGAGCACGUGGAGCGAUUGGAGCGGCUGCAGUGUCACAUGCGGGUACGGAGGCCGCUAUCGAAACCGAACAUGUGAUUCCCCAGCGCCUCUCCAUGGUGGACGGCCUUGUGCGGGCGUUGACAGUGAUAUCGAUGUAUGUUAUGAUGUUGCAUGCCCAAUAGACGGUGGGUGGGGUAAUUUUACCUCGGCUGGCUCAUGCAGUGUCACGUGCGAUGUGGGUGUGGCCUACUCAACCCGGAAGUGCGAUAAUCCCCCGCCACAAUUUGGUGGCAAAGAGUGUGAGGGUUCCCCUGCCUCGUUUGAGAAAUGUGAAAUGCCCGGAUGUUUAAGAGACGGAGGAUGGACAGGUUGGUCUAACUUAACUUCCUGUAACUCUAUCUGCGGAAUGGGGAUGCAGCGGACGCUCCGAACGUGCACGGCUCCCGCCCCCGCCAAUGGCGGUAGAGAGUGUACAGGCGAGUCCAUGCUCUCCCGCGAGUGUGACAACGGGCCAUGCCCAUCGGACAUAAAAGGAUGUGAUGGAACACUGCUUAUGGAUGCAAUGCGCGGCGCCCAGUCCGCAGACUUCAAUUGCUAUAGCACUUCCGGUGCGGAUACUUCCGGUUCGGGUAGUUCCGGUAUAGACCCUAAAGGCAUGAUUUCCGAGAUGUGUCUGGCACCCGACAGCGACGCCUGGAUAAUAGGCGUUCAGGUUUCACAUUUUGUUUAUUAA